UUGAGAAUUGUGUGUUGAAAUUAUUUAUAUCUCACACAACAUUAAAGUUGGCUACGUGACGUUCUAGCAACACGGAAUGGCGUCGAAAGUCGAAGAAGUAAACAUGUUUUCCCGACUAAAGGAAACUAUACGAGUUGACGAUGAGGACGUGCAAUACUUCAAUCUGCUGGCACUCAAAGAUGAAAGAUAUGGUCGGCUCCCAUUCUCAGUCCGUGUCCUCUUGGAGUCUGCGAUCAGAAACUGCGACAACUUCCACAUCUUUGAGAAGGAUGUGGAGAAUAUAAUGAACUGGCAGGAGAACCAGAACAAAGGUGUGGAGGUGCCUUUCAAACCAUCUCGCGUCAUCUUGCAAGAUUUCACGGGUGUUCCAGCUGUAGUGGACUUUGCGGCAAUGCGUGAUGCAGUGAAACGGCUCGGUGGUGACCCCGAAACAAUCAAUCCAGUGUGCCCAGCUGAUCUAGUGAUUGACCAUUCAGUGCAAGUGGACAUAUCCAGAAGGGCUUGUACAAUAGACCCCAUUACCCCUAACCCCGGUGGAGGGGUGCUGCCAGGGGCCCAGAUCCCUUCAGGCACCCAGGGUGGUGUUUUAGGUCCGUGUCAGGCGUGCGGGCGGGUUAAGCCUGGCUUCCGGCUACCUGUUCUAGACCAGGCUUGUCCCUUUCACCAAUUACCGACCGAUUGCUCUGAUGCUCUGCAGAAGAAUCAAGAGAUUGAGUUUCAGAGAAAUAAAGAACGUUUCCUGUUUCUAAAGUGGGGUGCUAAGGCGCUGCAGAACAUGCUGAUUGUCCCCCCUGGAUCUGGAAUAGUCCACCAGGUCAAUCUGGAGUAUCUUGGCCGUGUAGUCUUCAAAUCAGACGGUAUGAUGUACCCGGACAGUCUGGUGGGCACGGACUCCCACACCACUAUGAUCAACGGGCUUGGUAUCCUAGGUUGGGGUGUUGGUGGCAUUGAGGCUGAAGCAGUCAUGUUAAAUCAAUGCAUUAGUAUGGUGCUUCCUAAGGUGGUUGGCUACAAGCUGAGUGGCAAGAUGGACUCCUUGGCUACCUCUACUGAUGUCGUCUUAACUAUCACCAAGCAUUUGAGACAAGUUGGCGUUGUGGGCAAGUUUGUUGAGUUCUUCGGGCCUGGUGUAGCUCAGCUAUCGAUAGCCGACCGUGCUACUAUUGCUAAUAUGUGUCCAGAAUACGGUGCUACUGUGGGUUUCUUUCCUGUGGAUGAUAUCAGUAUUACAUACCUCAGGCAGACAGGUCGGGAUGAGAAGAAGAUAAGUUACAUUGAGACGUAUCUCAAGGCCAACGAGAUGUUUAGAGAUUUCAACAAUGCCGACCAGGAUCCUGUAUUCUCUGAGAUUGUGGAGCUGGACCUGAGCACCGUACGCUCCUGCAUAAGCGGGCCGAAGCGCCCCCACGACAAGAUCCUCGUCACCGACAUGAAGGCAGACUUCCAGAGUUGUCUGGACAACAAAGUAUCCUUCAAGGGCUUUGAUAUCCCCCAGGAGGUUCAGGGGACGAUGGUGCCUUUCCAGAUGGAGGAGGAGGAGUACAACCUGAAGCAUGGGUCUGUGGUGAUUGCUGCUAUAACGAGCUGUACGAACACCAGUAAUCCAUCGGUCAUGCUGGGAGCUGGUCUUCUUGCCAAGAAAGCCGUUGAAGCUGGACUGAUGGUACCAUCUUACAUUAAGACCAGCUUAAGUCCAGGAAGUGGUGUGGUUACAUACUACCUACAGGAGAGUGGAGUUAUACCAUAUCUAGAGAAACUUGGGUUUGAUAUUGUUGGAUACGGCUGCAUGACUUGUAUAGGAAAUAGCGGACCUCUGCCGGAACCUGUAUCUCAAGCUAUUGAAAAAGGUGACCUUGUUGCCUGUGGUGUUCUCUCCGGAAACCGAAACUUUGAAGGGAGGAUUCAUCCCCUUACCAGAGCCAACUAUUUGGCAUCUCCUCUGCUGGUUAUAGCAUACGCCCUGGCAGGCACAGUCAGCUUUGACUUUGAAUCGACACCAUUAGGAACUAACUCUGAGGGUAAGGAUAUAUUCCUGCGUGAUAUCUGGCCAAGCCGUAGUGAGAUUCAGGAAGUAGAGAGACAGUAUGUUAUUCCUGGAAUGUUCAAAGAGGUGUACGCUAAGAUUGCUAAAGGCAAUGAGAGUUGGAGUAGCUUGGAUGCACCGGAGAGCAUGCUCUACCCGUGGGAUUCCAAGUCAACAUACAUCCAAUCACCGCCAUUCUUUGCUGACAUGACCAAGGAGUUACCACCAAUCACUGGAAUCAAAGAAGCCCACGUCCUCCUCAAUCUCGGUGACUCAGUCACCACCGAUCACAUCUCACCCGCCGGCAGUAUCGCCCGAACCAGCCCCGCUGCACGCUACCUCGCCUCCAGGGGUCUCACACCCCGAGAGUUCAACUCCUAUGGUAGCCGGAGGGGCAAUGACUCUGUCAUGGCACGGGGCACGUUCGCUAACAUCCGCCUGGUGAAUAAGUUUGUGGGCAAGGCGGGACCCAAGACAGUACACAUUCCUUCGGGGACGACGAUGGAUAUAUUCGACGCUGCCGAACGCUACAAGGCGGAGGGUAGAGUGUUGAUCAUACUGGCCGGCAAGGACUAUGGGUCGGGAUCAUCACGUGACUGGGCGGCCAAGGGACCCUGGAUGCAGGGCGUCCGUGCCGUCAUUGCUGAGAGCUAUGAGCGAAUUCAUCGUAGUAACCUGGUAGGAAUGGGAAUCAUACCCCUCCAGUAUCUGGAAGGCCAGACUGCCGAGUCGCUUGGACUGACCGGAAAAGAGAAAUACUGCAUCGAGCUGCCACAAGAUCUCAAGCCUGGACAGAAGGCAACGGUCAAGCUUGACGAUGGCCGCUCCUUUGAGGCGACUCUAAGGUUCGACACCGACGUUGAGCUGACUUACUUCCGCCACGGGGGCAUCCUCAACUACAUGAUCCGUCAGAAACUACCCAAAUAAAUCCACUCCAUUAUUAAGAGUGUAGAUGAUGCAAUAUCUUCAACUACCUAAAAACAGUAACUGUUAUUGUGAAAGUAUUACAAAGUGAUCAUGUAGCACCAACUACAUGUUAACAAACCAAAUGUAUCAUCAACUACAUAACAGUAACUUUGUUAAUCUGAUGUGUAAAUCAUUAGUGUACAUUUGAAGCAUGUUACAUUAUUGUUCCUGAGAAAACAAAACAAAGGACAUUUUAACAAUGUGACGCAGGCCUGAAAUUUUAUCUUGGCCAGGGCAAG